GGUGAAUAUGAUGAUGACCUACAAUCUCCUCCGUGGUCAGCUCCCCACAUGUCGCCCCCUUUGGACAGUGCAGUAGAAGCUCGCAAUCGGGACGACGGCGGCCGCGGGCGCCGCCGCAGCGCCGAUGAACCGAGACGUAGUUCGGGGACUGCGGCUGGAUAACGCAGGGACCAGGCCAGAGUUUGAGCACAUUAGACUGGGCCCUGCAGCAGCCCAGGUCAGGGCGGGCCGAGCGGGCCCUGCCAUCCGCUUUACUGAGCGAUUAAUCCAAUCCGAUAUGCAGUGGAAGACGGACAUUUUCCCUGCCUCAAGCUUUUGAUAUCCGAAUCAUACCACAGUUCGACAGGAGACACUUAUAUAUAUUGGCUUUUCUAGCUUCUUGGUGGAAUUUGCUCCCUACCCGCUCCCUGCCCUGAAUUCGAGAACUAAACUAGACAAGUCUAGCCAUGGAUUAUGUGGAUCAAGAUCGUCUCCUAGAUGAGGCUAUGAUUGAAACGAGAAGAAGGUGGGGGUGGAGCGAGGAACGAAUUGACGAGUUUCAGAGGGAAAGGACAAGAGAUCGAGAAGAAUUGCGCCAGGAACUGGCUGCAGAAUUGCGUGAGAGGGAAAUAAUGGAAUAUGAAAGAAGGCAUAUGGACCGGGCCUCCGGGCGAGCCAUGUUAGAUCUGCGUAUUCCGGCAGUCAGCGAGACAAGGGAACGAGACUGCGCGGUGUGCUAUGAGGAAUUCCGGGAAGGCGGAAAGAAGCUGAGGACGAUGCCGUGCGGCCACUCCUUCCAUCAGCGCUGCAUCUUCGACCGGCUUCGCUUUAACCGUCGCUGCCCAGUGUGCCGCUUUGCGAUGACCUCCGUCGAGGAGCAACGUGCCAUUGACCGGGCACAAGCCGAGGCGGCGGAUCCAUCCGGUGAUGGGCCGGAGGCAGCCAAGCGGCGGAGACUCGACCUGGCUGCGCCCAGUGAAUUAGACUCCACACUUGUCACUUGUGAUCUGAAGGCGAUGGCACUCGGCCAAGGACUUUCUGACGCUUCUGAUCUGAACUUGCCUUCUGUGCAUUUGCCUACUGAUGAUUGCAUAAAUGGUACUCCAAGCAGCAUGGUGCUUCCCUUCUGACCGUUACAUUUGAUUAGAGCAUCUCCAACAAAUUAAUAGUGUUACCUCUAAGUUGUACUAAGUGUGCGUCAAUUAAUAUGGAUAUGAAGGAAUAUAAAAAAAGAAGUUGAUGUUUCUUUUUUGAAACUUAAAAGGACGUUGAUGUUUGUAUGUACUACGUAGUCAUUUUUCGUUUCAUCUCCUUCCGCAUCCCACUCUAAAAAACAAAGAUAACCUUCAGUAAAAAAAUCGCAAACACAAAC